AUGUCCAAUAAGAUGGAGCUCAGCCUGGACGAGAUCCUCAAGACCAGCAAGAACACGACCGGUCGCCGUGGCCGCGGUGGUCGCAAGUCCAACUCUGGCCGCCCUGCCGCUGCCGCUGCACCAGUCGGCGGUGUCGCCAAGAACACUCGACAGAACAAGCAGGCCAAGGCUGCACCCACAGCGCCAGCUGCAACCCUCGCCGGAGAGACCAAGAUCAUGGUAUCGAAUUUGCCACUGGAUGUCGAGCAAGGCCAACUUCAGGACUACUUCAUCAACGCAGUUGGUGUAGGCCGACCCAAAAAGAUUCUCUUGCAGUACGGACCCAACGGUCGCAGCUUAGGCAGCGCAACCAUCAUCUUCAACAAACAUGAGCAAGCCUCAAAGGCCACUGCUGCAUUGGAUGGUGUCAAGAUCGACGGCCGCCCAGUUCGCGUCGAGAUGCUUGUCAGUGCAGAUAAGCUGCCAGCUGCCACGAGCAAGCCUUCCCUCGCAGACCGCGUCACUCAAGCCAAGAAAGACAAGCCCAAGCCUGCUACUGCCGGCAAGACUGCUCCUGCUGCUGCUCGCGGACGUGGAGAAGCUCGUGGUCGUGGAAAGGGCCGUGGAGGCCGCGAUGCUCGUCCCAAGAAGAAGACGGUUGAGGAGCUCGAUGCCGAGAUGGCUGACUACUUCCCCAAUGGCGAGGCCAACACGGCUACCGGUAGCGGCGACGUUGCACCUGCAGCCGCUGGCGGAGAUACAGCCAUGGACGACGAGAUGCUGUAA